GUCGAGCAGGAUGCUGCUAAAUAUGGUUAUAACAACAGCGCCGGUUUGUUUCGCACAGUAAAGAAGAGUGAACUAAUGUACUAAUUUUGUAUAAUGACGUUGACAGGGAGUUAGGUCGCCAUUGGGACAUGAUGUGACAGACUGACUGGAAUAAAGCUGAAUAUCCAUGCGGAUUUAACACUUAUAAACUCCCGGUUGGUAAGUUUUAGCCAUUUAAGCUAAUCACACACCCUCCAUGGCUAAACAAGUCAAUGCAGUUAUUGGCUCAGGCUCAUCUGAAUAGUAGAGCAACAUGUACACUUUAGUCACUUCAGAGGAGCCCCAGGAAUCACUAAACACGUCGAUGGAGGUGCCCAUGCCACCACCUCCACCACCCCCACCCCCAGCUCCCAAAGACCCACAGCCCACCCAGAAGAGGCUGUACCAGGCCAUAGCAGAAGGCAGACGGCCAGUGGAGGGCGACCACGCCGAAGCCCGCCUGCUUCUCACCCAGAGGGAGAGCAGUUUUAGGAAAGAUCUCCAGUGGAUCUUAUUCAACAAAUACGUGCCGUCGCUCAUCCAGGAUGGCCCACAGUGCGGUCUGGUGGCCUUGUGGAUGGCGGCCCACCUGCGUCAGCCCGCGCGCCCGGUCGCCAUGGAGACCAUCGUCGAGACGGCGCUGAAAAGGGGGUACACCGCCCAGGGGGAAAUGUUCUCAGCCCGGGACAUGGCCCUGCUGGCGGGGGAGGUGUGUGGCUGUCGGGCCGACCUCCUGACGGGAGGUAUGGGCGGGGCCAACGCCGCGGCCAUCGUGGCUCACCUGCGCGCUGGGAAGCCGGUCCUCAUCCCAUACGACGAGGACUUCAACCACGAGCCGUGCCAACGCGGUGGCCACAGAGCGCACUGGGCAGUGGCCUCCGGCGUCCUCCUGGGGGUCGACAGCGUGCGCAGAGACCACGCCCAGCCGGACCCCUCCCUGCCCUGGCUCCACCUGGCCGGCGGGCCCGGGGCCCCCCACCCCCCCACGGGGGCCCCCCCCAGAGAGGUCUACAUCCUGGCCAAGCAGGGCAAGAGCCUGCGUUACCAGCUGUGGCGUCUGGAGGCGGCGGCGGAGAGCAACAGCCAGCUGAGGGAGAUGGACCCCAAGAGGAGCGUGGACGGGGCGCGCUACGUGGUCCCCGAGGGCGGGGUGGGGGCCGGGCUGGCAGGCCAGGUGGUGCUGCUGCACCCAGGGACCCUGGCGCCGUGAGCAGGCGCCCCCCCCCCCCCCCCCCCCCGCCCUCCGGGGACGCGUACGGCCGGUGGGCCGAUGCGGCCGGGUGGGAUUCUGGCGGGACGCGUGCAGCGUAGCGCGGUCGAAUCACUGAGGUCACUGGUCCAGAGGCUUAUGGGCCCAGACCAGUGACCUCACUGGGGUUACUGGUGCAGGGGCCCGUGGGCCCAGACCAGUGACCUCACUGGGGUUACUGGUGCAGGGGCUCGUGGGCCCAGACCAGUGACCUCACUGGGGUUACUGGUGCAGGGGCCCGUGGGCCCAGACCCAACAGGGUCUCCCCGUUCCUGGGCUCUGAUGUUAAAUGACGACGGUUCUAAUCCCUGCCAAUUUGUUUGCUCUGAAAAAGGGUCAAGAGAUGUUAUUUUCUUUAACUCUUGCAGGGGUAUGAAUGCAAUACUGUGAUUACAUUGGGAGAAUAAAUGGUUGAUACCAAAACGA